GCUGUCUCUGAGGCUGCGGCGAGAGUCUCAGACAUGGGCUCCGGUGUUUAGGAGCAGACGGAGGAGCUCUCGCUGCAGACCGAGCCACGGAGAGGAGGAGGAAAGGAGGAGGUGGAGGAGGAGGGUGCUUUAGGGAGCGCAGCAGCCUCUGGUACUAUGGAAACUAACCCUCUGACCGAUGGAAAUAAUGACCGCUGACAUGCGUCAGGUUCCUGAAGGACAUGAGCGUGUGGGCGGCCCGCGCUGCAGUGAUGGGGCUCCGGGGCCGGUGAAGGGGACAUGGGCUCAUGCGACGACACGCUCCGCAGCGCCACUGAAGCGACGAGGGUUCGGUCUUCAGCAGAACACUGGCUUCCAGGCUCUUGGUCGACGCUCCAGGUAGCCGUGUCUGAUGAAGAUGUCUGAUUCUGUCGGAGAGACUAUGAGAGCUCUGGACGAGAACAGCUCGAGCGCAGAUGAACGCCAGCUCAACACGUCACAGAGCCAGCAGCACGAGGACAGCUGCAGCAAGGACAGGACUGAGCCGCAGCGGCAAACACCCGGACCAGGUGCUAAAAGACCCAAGUCGAACGCAAAGGUAAAGUUAGUUCGGAGCCUGGCCAUUUGUGAAGAACCCUGUCCUUCCACGAUAACCACACAACUGCCUCAAGAUCAGCAGGAUGGAGAUCAUAUUAGACUCUUGCAGACGUUUGACAAAGAAGAAUCUCCUCUUACUGCAGACGAGGAUGAUGCAGACAGAAGUGCCAACAAGCUGGAGAAACUGGAGAAAAUGCCACGCAAGAUGCUGUCCAGAGAUUCCAGUCAGGAAUACAAGGACUCCACUGGCAUCGACCUGCACGGGUUCCUGGUGAACACACUGAAGAACAACCCCAGGGACCGAAUGAUGCUGCUGCAGCUGGAGCAGGACAUCCUCGACUUCAUCAGUACUAACGAGAGUCAGAGGAGGAAGUUUCCGCCCAUGACCUCCUAUCACCGAAUGCUCCUGCACAGAGUCGCUGCUUACUUCGGCUUAGACCACAACGUGGACCAGACCGGCAAAUGUGUCAUCGUCAACAAAACCAGCAAUACACGAAUACCAGAUCAGAAGUUUUCAGAACACAUCAAAGACGUCAAGAUGGAUGAUUUCCAGAAGCGCUACAUCUUAAAAAGGGACAACUCCAGCGUCGACAAAGACGACAGUGUGAUGCGCAUGAAACUAAAGGAGGACAGGAGGAGCAAGUCCAUCGAGGAGCGAGAGGAGGAGUAUCAGAGAGCAAGAGAGAGGAUCUUCGCUGAUGGUUUAGACACCUUCCCGCUGGAUAAAAGGAUUCAGGAGGACGAGGUGUGUAACAGCAUCCAGCAGAGACGGCAGAUCUUCAGGCUGAAGGACAGUCGGUCGGGGAACAGCCUCCAAAGCAGCUCAGAGAACGAGGCCCAGUAUUCAGAGCCGCGGCCGUGGAGCAGCACUGAUUCAGACAGCUCCAACCUCAACCUGAAGCCCACCGUGACCAAAGCCAGCAGCUUCAGCGGCAUCCCGGUCCUGACCCGCGGAGACAGCUCCAGCAGCAGCAGGAGCGCGGGACGCCUCUCAAACACAGGUUCCGACUCUUGUAGUAGCGUAGGUUCGUCCACGGGGUCGCUCUCUCGAUCCCAGCCUCCUCCGGCCGCCGCGGCUCUAGCGCAGCCUAUGGCCUUCCCCGCUGUCAGCGCUAGCAGCGGCGUCUCCUAUGAGCCGCCAGCGUCCACGGCUAGCGCUAGCUACUAUCUGCUUCCGCUGGAAGCCGCGGGGAUACCGGCCGGAAGUAUCCUGGUCAACCCGCACACAGGUCAGCCGUUCCUGAACCCAGAUGGCAGUGCUGUCGUCUACAGUCCCAGCAUGACCUCACAGGCCUCCAGAUGUCAAUCAUCCGUAGCUCCGCCUCCAGCCGCUCAGCCCACCAAUCACGUCAUGGCACAGCCUCUCUGGUCUGUCCAGCACGCGCCGCUGUCUUACCCACCGGUCCAGCCGUUCACUGUGCAGGACAAUCUGAGCGCUCAGUUCGGUCACAUGAUGCUGGUCCAGCAGGCCUCGGGGGACGGCCGUGACGCUCAUGCAGUCGUUUAUCCGCCGCUGCAUCAGACCGGAUACGUGAUGUCCUCGCCGGGACAGACUGUGGCCAGCCCCUCUUUUCCUGCGGUCAGCCAGCAGCAGCAGCAGCAGCAGCAGAUGCCGGCGUGUUACUGUUCGCCCGGUCAGUUCCCGGUGUGUGGACAGCAGUACCUGCCCGUGGGUUCAGUGCCCUACAGCGGUCAGAGUCAGAUGCCUCCCGCAGCCACGCAGCAGCCAGGUUACCAAACUGUGAUGCCAAAUCAGCAGCAGAGCUACCAGAACAUGAUGCAGCCGCCGCAGAACCAGACACACGGCAGUGUGGGGCAUCAGCUGCAAGGCAUGAUGGUCCAGUAUCCGUCAGUGCCAUCUUACCAGGUGAGCGUGCCUCAGCAGGUGUACUACAGCAUCGCUCCUCCCAACCAGCAGAACACCAGCAGCUGCUCCUCCGUGGGGCUCCUGCCUCCUCCAGGAGCACAGCAGAUGCCCUUCCACCGCACCUCGCCCCCCUGCGGCUCGCAACAGAUUCCCACGCAGCAGUGCUCAGGAGCUCCGCCCCCAGCAGCAGGUGGAAUGGUGAUGAUGCACCUGGCGUUACCUGUGUCCCAGCAGCCUCUGUGUAGUUGCUCGGUGCAGUGGAGAAGGUGGAAUUGUUUUAGCUGUGUUCAAUCAGGCUCAUUGAUGCCCAUCGGAUUAUUCGGUCUGGAGCCGUCACGAAGCAGUCCUCAGCUGGGAAGCUCGUCCUCCUCUCCGGCCCAGUCUCCCACACCAGCACACCUCAGUAACGUAAAGAACAUUCGUCCCAGUCUCAACACUGUUCCCAUGAUGCCUCACUUUUCCAGAUCCUUGGUUUCAGGACAAGGUGACCUGCGCUACCCUCUGAUGGGACAGACGCUUCAGUACAGCCCUCAGAUCCGCCCCCCGUUACUUCAAGCCCCGCCCAUGGUGUCCAGUCAGGCUCCGGUGGGGAUCCGGCCCGCGGGUCGAGGCAGGAAGCCGCAGAGGAGAGCGCUGUCUUCAGAUCUCAGUUGACACCUGUCCAGUCCUACACCGUCCUGCUCACGCUCUUCUGACCCACGGCAGGACGCAGCGCUGUUCUCUCUCUCACUGGACAGAUGACUGGGACAUCUCAAAAUACAGCCGGAACUGUGUUCUUCUUUAUUUUUUUAUCUCUGUUUAUUGGUUUGUUAGUUUUUUAUUUGAAUAAUCUGGUGUUUAACACUUUUUCCAUUUGGUUUCACAUGUGUAUUCGGUCUGUCUUCACCAGCCGUCGGCGCUCCGUGUGAUGAACGCGCUUCGCCGUCUCGUGACAAACACCACCUGCUUUUUGUAAAUAAUUUAUGAAGUAGCUGUAUAAUUCAGUUGAUUGUUUCCUCUGUGAAUUGUGGGAUAGACGCCGGUAAGAGCGUCAGCAUUUGUUUUUUUGUUUGUUAAUUUCUUUGUUUUUAAUUGAAGACAUCACACUGCACCUCAACGGAUCCACGGUCACGUUUUUAAUAAGUUCACACACGUCAAGUCAGUUCUUGUUUUUUGGGGUCUUUUAAUAUUAUAUUCGUACUGGGAAAAAUAAAAAGAGAAGAAACG